UGUUCAAAUCCCUCCAAACAGCUCAGUAGCCCCUAUUAGCAUGUACGCAAGCAGAAAUUCAUAAUCAUGUAGUAUAAUGAAAUAAGGAUGAACAUGAUAACAAAGAAAGAUAAAUUACUUUACCUUCUGUUGGUCAGAUAUGAAGAUCCACCUUCUAUCUGGACCAAUAUCAAGCAGUAGCAGAUCAAGGAACCACUGCCAGCUUUCCUUGCACUCUGACUCCACUACAGCAAAAGCCAAGGGAAAGUUUUGGUCAUUAGGAUCCCUUGCUACAGCACAUAAGAGAAUACCUCCAUACAUUGUCUUUAGAUGACAACCAUCUAAUCCAAUAAAGGGUCUACAACCCUGAAGAAAUCCCCUCUUACAACCUUCUAGACACAUAUAGAAUCUGCCAAACCUAGGUUGUAUGCUUCCAGCAGGAUUCUCCAACUGCAUUUUGCAUGUAUUUCCUGCACAAACCCUCCUCAGUUCAGCACUGAAUUUAUAUAGCAAUGUGUAUUGUUUGCUUGCAUCUCCCUCAACUAUCUGCAAAGCAAGCUGUCUUCCCUUCCAAGCUCUAUACCUUGUGAUGCCAGUGGAAAAACCCAACCUCAUCUCAUCAACAACAUCAUUGAGCCUCAUUGUCCUUGAACCCCUCAGUUUCUCCACCAAUUUCUUAGCAACAAAUUUGGAAGUAGCAUUCUUAUUGUUGAAUACUCUGGCACAAGUAUGAGGGCCACUCAAUGUCUUAAUUGCAAAAGUUUGUCUCCCACCCACUUUGCUACACAACAUAACCCAUUUACAAUCCUUCUUGCAAGCAGCCCUAACCCUGGUUGUGUCAUUUUUGGGGAAAUAAAUCUCCCUUCCCGUGAGGACAGCAUGGUCCUUAGCAGCAACCUUAAACUCUUCCAAUGAAAUAAAUUCCAUACCUACUCUAAAGUUAAAUUCUGCCCUCAUAUCCUCAUCAUGAAACCUCAUACUCCUGUUCCUCACAAUAACAUCAUCAUCAUCACCUUCAGACAUACUAUGUAACUCUUCAUCUUCCCAAGUAGCCUCCAUUUCAUGGUCACCAUCAAAAGCAUCAUCAUAUUGAGGAAGCACAUUUUAUGCCCCACCACCAUGUACUUCAUAGGUACCUUCUUCCAUUUGCCUUAUCUGCUCAUUUAACAAAGCUUCAGCAACACCAACUGGUAUGCCUUCAAAUCCGUCAUCAUUAACCUUUGCAGCUCUUUCCUCUUCACUAUCACUGAAAUGUACAGAAGCUGUGGAAUCCUCAGUGUCACUUGAUGGAUUGAAAGAAUCAUCAUCUUCAUAUACAUCAUCAAAUGUAGGAUGUUUUCCAUUCUUCUUUCCAGUAACAACCACAUGCACAUUGCCAACAGUUGGAUCAUUGGCAGCAACUCCAUCAGCAAUGGGAUCAUUGGCAGCAACUUCAUUUACAUCUCCAUUUGCAAUGGCAUCAUUGUCACCACUAGCAUCUACAUUUGCAGCAGCAUCUACAUUACCAUUAUCAACAACGGUCUCCCUUUCAUCAUCACUAUCUAGAAGCAACAAUACAGGCCUCUUUGUUGGAGAAAAUUUUUCAACACAAAAAUUAUCAAGACCAGGUAACUUCAGUGGUGCAUCCACUUGCUUCUUGGAUGGAGGUUUAAAUGGCUGGUUUUUCUUCUUUGGAGGCUCCACAGCCACUUGCUUCCCCUUGUUCUUUGGUUCUUUUGCUUCUCCUUUCUUCUUUGUAGCCUCCACAGCCACUUGCUUCCCUCUCUUCUUUGAACCAUCCAACUGCUUGUCCUUAUUCUUUGGAUCACCUGAUUGAACUUUCUUGGCUUUCUUCUUUGAACCAUCAAGUACCCUGAGGAGAUCAAUUGGAGUAGUUGGCAGUUCAUCAGGAGCAUGCUUAACAAAGAGAUGUACUUCCCCCCUCUUUACAGCAUAUUUACCCAACUCUAUUGCCUCUUUAUCAGUGGACAAAGGCCUGAAAUUGUGAAUUGCAAAAUCCUCGUCUUUCAUCCAAAACACCUGGAACUUUCCUUUUGUAUACCCCAGCUCAGCAACUACAUCAAGACUCUCAAAAUAACUCCACCUAUCACUAUCAGCAUCCACAGUGUUUUCUUUGACAUCUACGUAGUGCAACCUUGGCUCCUCAACAAAUUGUCCAGAGUGAUGAAUAAUGGCUUUGAAAGCCAUCCUGAUAGAAAUGCAGAUUAAUUACAUGCAACAUCAUGAUAGAAAUAGAAAUGACAAAGGAACAUAAUGCUAACAUUGGAGUCUACAAAUUGAUGAACAACAACCCAAUGCAAGAAUGCAUGACCCGACACAACCAAAGCCAUACACCCUACCAAAAUCGUAAGAACAGAGAGAUAGGCAGAAAUAGAAACCAAGGUAGAAAUAGAAACCAUGUUGAGCUACAAAAGAGAUAGGCAGAGCAGAGGACACACUAACCUUCGUCUUCGUCAAUUCCAGUCGCCUUCCUCGCCGUCGCCGCUGUCAAAGUUCGUCGUCGCCGCCGUCAAAGUUCUUCGCUCUUCGCCUGGGAUAGAAAGCUAGGUUUCAACUGAGAGAGAUUGAAGGGUGGGUCGAGAGAUGGGUGAAUAGUAAGGGGUAAAUGUCAAGUUUAGAUUAGGUUUUAGGGUUAAUUAGUUUUAGGAUUAUUUAGUUUAGCUAGGGUUAAAUCAGAGGGCUUAAUUAUAAUUUUUAAAAGAAUUUUUUAUUUAUUUAAAUGCCAUGUCAUUUCAUUAAAUGACGUGGCACGACCACGUGCACGGCUGCCGGAGCUAUACCGGCGGCAAGGACGGUUUCCGUACAAACACUUGAGUCUGAGGAUGGGGUUAGGAAGAUUUUCCGGCGAGGGACGGAAACCAGAUCUCGCUCAAAGUUCAGGGACGGUGAACACAUUUAACCCCAAAAUUAUC